GACCUCAAUGUUCUUCUGCUAGGAGAUCGUUUACUUGUGAAUUAUUCUGGACAACUCCUCCUUUUAUUAAGUAGCUUUCCAUAAUUCCCUUGAGAGCAUCUGACACUUUCCAUCUUACCUUAUCUUGUGCCAUCUCUGUUCCAGGACACACUGGUGCCAUCUUACUUCUAGGCUCCUCUUAUCUGGCUUCAGGAACUGAAGACAUGUAUGCCACACAGAGGUACACAAAGAAUAAGCUCCAUCCAACCAGCAGUAUCCCUGAAAUGACGUGGAUAUCUCCAGAAGAUCAAGAAAAGGACAAUCGUUCAGAGGAAGUUGUGGCAAUCAAUCACACCAUCCCUACCAGCCACCAGUCGGUGUCAGCAAAGUUUCCACCGUCCCCCUACAUCUGGAGAGGAAAAACCACCACAUAUAUCAAGAAUCCCCGAAAAGCAGUGAAAAUACCGAAUAUGUACAGGAUUCAAGACUUGAAGAUUCAAGAGAAGGACUGGGAGAUCUGUACCAUUAAACCGGUUAGAGCAAAACGUUCCAUCCCAAAGUUACAUGUGUUUCUGGACCAUUUUAUGGAUCCCCUGAAGUGGCGGAGGCUAAAGGAACUUGCUCAGAGUCUGAGUUCUCCCAGGGAGGAGGAACAGAUCUACGCAGCUCAGGCGUUGGGUAAACUGAGAAUCUGCAAAAAGUUUAUCAUAGAAGCUCUCUGGUCCGCGGCCCAGGUAGGUCCGGAGAGAGUGAGAUAUGAAUCCAGCAAAACCCUUGCUCUUCUAGGCUGCUACCAUAAACAUGUGAUCCAGUCCCUCGUUGAACAGCUAAAAGGAUGCUCCCUUAGUCGGAGGAUGGACACCCUCUUGGGACUUCAAAUAGCCCUCAAUGCCUGGGCUGCGGUCUCCAAAAACAAGCGGGAGCCUAUAGGAGCCAGGAACUUGCUGUCGAGGGUACUGAAGAUGCUGGUGAGGGGGAAGAGCCCUCUGAAUGACAUAGCCUUGGAAGCGGCUCUGUGCCUAAGCCUACUUGACUCCGAAAGUGCCGUAGCCCGAGAGUUUCUGUUACAGUGCCUGAGCCAGGGAGACCUGAAGAAAAAGAUGAAGGCAUUGAUGGUGCUAGUGAAGCUGAUGAAUAUCCAGACCCUGCCCAUUCUCCGGGCUAUCAUGGAACAGCUCCAGUACUCCUUUGUGGUCAAGCACCGGAUAGAAGCCGCCAAACUGCUUAAGGUUUUUGGGCUAGAAAUGAUUCAGAAUUUGGGGAUGGAGAAUGAGAUUUUUGAGCUACUCAAGUCAAAGAUUCAUGAGGAGCCUUGCCAAGAAGUGAAAGAAGCUGUGGCAGAAAUUGUGAAUGACCUAAAUAUGAAGCCUCUGAUGCUGAACAUCCUGGAGUCGCAGCUUAAUGAUGAUGAUGUCGUAACCCGUUGCCAUGCCAUCGUGUCCCUUGGUGUUCUGGGCGUCGGCAGCUCACACAUAUUCUAUUUACUCAUGGACAUGUUGGACAUGGACCCGAGUGAAAUAGUGAAGAAAGAGGUGGAAAAGUUAUUCAUUGCCUUGUCCAAGAAAGAUCCCUGGGUCCGGGCAAAGCUUAAGAACUGGGAGCUUCUAACAAAGGAAGAGGCCAAGAAGAAGAAGGCUAGGGAAGAUGCUUUGAAGAAUCGAAAGAUCAGGAGGGAAUUCCGGAUAAAACAAACAAAUCUGCUUGGACAUCUGGGCUCUGUGAUCCCUAAAAGGAAGCCUAAAUCCAGAAAGUCCAUAUCAACAGAUAGCGAAUGUUUGGUCUUUAAUGUUCCUAUCAAAGGCCUUGCUUUAGCUUCUGAUUACCCACCCUGUGUCCCAGUCAAAAAGAAGAGUACACCCCACCUUGAGGGAAUCUGGGAUACCCCAGUCAUAAGGGAGCACCUCAAGAAACUUGCUGCCCAAUGAAUUAUGUAACGUGUCCUACCAAUUCCCCUCCAACAUCAACUUUGUUCUUCUCCUCAUCACCUAUGUUCUCUCCUUUAGUCCUACUGACUCCAUUCUCUCCAUAAUAGCAGAUUUCUAAGUCUCUGUCUCAUAAGGGAAUUAAAAAUAAUAAAUGUUAAUUGUUCCAGAAUAAUAA